CUUAAAGAGGGAAAGAUGGGUCAAAGUGAGCCUGUUCUAUGAUGACACUUUUAGUGCUCGGCUCCUGAACGAAAUCCAAUGUCUUCUAAACGAGGAGCACAUCUCAACCAGUGUCAUCCACAUAGAAGAGAUCCGGGACUUAGAGGCCACGCUUCGUAUGGUUUACCACACCCACUUCAAGGAGACAUGGAAGUAUAUGAUAGCAGCAAAUACCACCAACACAUUGAUGAUUUUAAAAAAGGCGGAUGUAGUAGGGAUGCGAGACAAGGACAAGGCGUGGUUCGUGGUGAAUCCAAACAUCAACGAAAGUGAUAUCGAGCCCCACCUUCUUAUACUAGACAACAUAGGCCUUGUCAAGGCAGUCGAUUCUCACGAGUACAUUAUGUGUGAACCCCCGGAGGUAGCCUGGCAUGUUUUGAUCAGAAAAAUGGCUGAAGCCUAUCAAAGCCUUAUUGAUCUGAAAGGUUGGACGCACCAGCAAAUCACCGCAUGCCAAGGAUCAUGGGCUCUGGGAGACGAGUUAAUGUCGAUCAUGAAGGCAAACAUUGGCCCCAGUGUGAACAGAUGUGAUAACCUCACCCAGUUCGAACUCAGGGCAAACAUGUGGAGAGGGACGAGAAUGGGGUUUGUCCGAUCAUCCAUCUGGAACAAGAGGCAGGGUCUUGUUGCUGAUGGUGACGUGUUCCCAAACGCCAGGAUGGGAUUUAACGGAAAAAAGUUCAAAGUCGGUAUGCUGGCGGCAAUGGCAGUAGAGUACCUGCGGCGUUUCGGUCCCUCUGCUGGUCUGAAAGUCACUCAACAGCCGAAGAGGAUAUACCGUGCUGGUCAAUUUAGUGAGACCAGUCAUGCUGGUUGCUGCGAAAGUUGA